GUGGUGGUGCUCCUUGGGGGGGAUUUAUUAACCAUUGUAGGGAUGAACUAAGGCAAAAUAAAACGCACAUUUUCUUCAAGCGUCUAACAAACGUUGACCAGCUCGUUGAAAUUUUUCAUUUUAGUGCACCAUGGCUGGCAUUGGAGAUGACAGAAAAAUUAAAGAUGCUCAGAUGAGGGCAACUAUCAAUCAGAAGUUGGUGGAAACAGGAGAAAGAGAGAGAUUAAAAGAGCUAUUGAGGACCAGACUUGUUGAAUGUGGGUGGAGGGACCAACUUAAACAGUAUUGUAAAGAGGUGGUAAAACAGAAAGGAUUAGAACAUAUCACUGUAGAUGAUUUAGUGGCUGAAAUAACACCAAAAGGAAGAUCAUUGGUACCAGAUAAUGUAAAGAGAGAAUUAUUACAGAGAAUAAGAACAUUUCUAGCUCAGCAGUCUAAUAUUUAAAGUGUAUACCUCAGUGAUUGUCAGAGGAGAGUGGACUCUUCACACAUCAUUCCUUUAGAACUGUAUUGGACUAGAUAUAGCCACAAUCUAAUAAGCAAUAAUGUUUAUAACAUUAAUAUUGAACGAAUGGUCUAAGACUUUAUACAAGGCCUUUAAUUUUUUUAUAUCACGUGUAUACUGUGUAUGGAAUGAUAGUUUGCGUCUGUGUUUGCAAGGUGAGUAGGGAAUGAUAAAAUUCCCUGAAUUUGCAAAUUAUUUACUUUUAAGCUCUUUUAUUAAAAACUUUGAGAUGGUGUUUCAAAAGCAGUUUUUGUGGUUCAGUAAUAUAUACACUGACACAGCUGACUUGGAGUUAGCUAUUGGAUUCACUAUAAUAAUACUGUCUCAAAUACAUGUAACCUUUAAAAACAAAACAAAUGAGUUAAAUUUACAAUACAUUGAAAAUAUUCAGAAAAAAAAUAUGAGGAUAGAUAGGAAGUUGAAAAAUUUCAAACCAACAUCAGUUUUAAAGAUGAUAAUUUCCAUAAAAUAUUUCUUGAAUUUUUCUUGAUGCAGUAUUCAGAAGUUGAUAUUUACCUUUCAAAGUUCAAACUGCUUAGUGAAAAUUAAAGAAAACUAGAGGUAAAAUGUCAGUUUCUUCUCAGAUUUAACAAAAGAUUUUGUUUUAGUAUGAGCCAUAUUUCAGGUUAGAUUUGGUCAUGUUUUGAACAAACCGUGUGCUAUUUGAGACAUUAUUUUUAAACAGCAUUAUAUUAUGUACUCUCUAUUUUGUAUUGUUUGAAAAUGUGAAGUUGUACUUUUUUAACAUUCAGUUUCUUGUCUUUAUCAUUCUAAAAAUACCGCUUAAUAAUUUUUUUUUGAUGAAUGUUUAAGAUGGUGAAAAAAAGAAAUGCCGACUGAUAUGUCCUGUGGUUAUUGUCUCUUAUUAUUUGAAUUAUUGACAUAAUGACAAGUACAAAAUACUUAUAUUUAUUUUUAUAUAUACAUUAUUUAGCUCAAUAUAUAUACUUCUAGUCUGGUAUUCCAUAAUAUCUGUAGAGGCCAAAAUAAACAUAUCUUGGCUUCUCAUCCAUUCUAUCAUGUAAUGAUGUACUCGUUCCCGUCCUUUUGUCUUCUGAUAUUAAUCGUCUUAUUUGCAAUUAUACCACUAUUCCAUAUAACCCAUUCAAGUAAGUCAUUUUCGGAAUCGAACUCUUAAUAUAUAAUUUGAAGCAGGCUAUUUCCCUUGUCAGGUAGUAGAAAUGCUUUGGGAUGAUGAAGCUGAACAAGGAGUCAACAAUUAGAGGUUUUUAAUCCCUGUUGAUUUAAAGAUUAUAUUUGGUUUAUAUAAAUAUAAAAAUUAUUAAUGUCUUCCAACAUACUCGUAAUCAACCUCAAUUAUAAAGCUGGAAAUGUUUGUAAAUUUAAGUAACACAUUGUUCUCUAUUUACUUCUCACCAUAGCUCUGCACUGCUCUGAACCAGUAUUGAUACCAGUAUACUUCCCAACAAGGAAAUAAUUUGUAUUCAUUUGUUAUUUUAAUUUCUAAUUCUAUUGUUGCUUCCGUAAAAUAAUACUCAGUAAAAAAUGACCAACAGAAAUUUAUGAUUUCAAACUGUGUUUUGUGCACUCUUACAUUAUAAGAUUGUUCAUACGGUCUUCCAAAGUAACACAAAUAAGGGUAACAAUUGUACAUUUUUUUUUAUUAAAAUCAAGUAAUUUUUAGGGCAUUUGGUUCAUUUCCUGUUUUACUAUAGAUUAGACGUAUAUUUUUGUAAAUUUUACUUUCAGUCUUUAUCCCUUACACUUCAGUGGGAGUAAAAUUUAAAUCCACAUAAAUCUCUAAUAAUUCAUGGGCUGCUGUUAAUUAUUUCUUAAACAUAGCAUGCUGCAGAAUAUUGUUUUGUUUCUUGGCAUGUCAAAAUUUGAAAUCGAUGUAUCACUAAAUGUUUAUUUUGGCCUUGUUUGAAGGGUAUAUAUCUAUAAAUAAUAGAUUUAUUGUCAUAUCAUAUCAUUUCAUUUCAUUAUUAAUGUAAGAUAUUAAUUUGGAAGAUAAUAACAAUUAACAACUUAAUUUGUGAUAUUGAGAACAAACAUUUGUGUGAAAAUUAUCUUGUUCUCUGUUGAGAUUAUAUAAAUCUGAAAAGUUCAGUGAUUAUAUUUUUUCCAUUCAAUCACAUUCCCUUAUGUGAGAUUUGUCUUUAUUGGUUGAUUUUUUCCUCCUUUGGACAUUUAUUUUUGCAGUUUAUACAACCAUAAUUUAAUACAGUAAAUAAGAAAAAAAAAUCAGUAAAGUUUCUUUAAUUGAUACGUUUAUAGAAAGACUAAUGUGCAAUGUGUGAGCUCUUUGAAUUCUUCAACCAUAAAGGCCCCUUGGCAACUGUCAAGUUGAAGGACAGCAAUAAAAUUACUGUUUUGUUUUUUUUAAUGAUGGAUAUUUUCUAGUUUUCCACAAGAUUUUGCCUGAUGCACAGCCACCCUUUUGUCAUUUUAAGAAUUUCUGAUUAAAAGUAUUUGUCUCCCUUUGUGUAGUUUUGACUAAGCUGUUGUGAGCUAUAUAUAUAUGAUGAUGUAUACCAGACUCCCUUUGUGUAGUUUUGACUAAGCUGUUGUGAUGGCUAUAUAUGAUGAUGUAUACCAGAUUGUCAUAUGUAUUUUUUCAAUCAGUUUUACAGCAUUAUUUCUAUUGUUUUUAAGGGCUGAUACAAAAUUUUAUUACACAGAGGUAAGGUUAUUUAAGUUGAAUUUUAAUUGGUGCAAAGUUUACAAUUUCAUUUCCAUUGUACAUAUUUACUCAUCUAAUUCACUGAAUUGAUCUUGUAUCUAGAAACAUUAAAUGUAAAUAAAAUACCUAUUGUUUAUA